AAUCCGUAAGCGGAUGUGGGUGUGUGGUGUUUGGGUGAGCUAAGUGACCGGCAGCCUGUUAGCCUGUUAGCAUGUGGAUAACCGGAGUCAGUGCGGGGAGUUGUGGGUAAAAUGCCGCGGGUUGUCGCCGAGGAGGAGCUGCGGACUCUCACGGAGUGUCAGUACAGUUAUCCAGCAGAGACUCUGUCUGAUCUUCAGAAGGUUCGUUCUCUUUUCUCUGAUCUUCGUCUCUACGUCGAUUUCUACUGUUUUCCAAACAAAGAGAAGAAGAGGCUGGUGUACUUGGCUGGGACUGUUCCUGUGAUCUAUGAAGGAAGUGAGUAUAAUAUCCCAGUGUGCAUCUGGCUUCAUGAGACCCACCCGGUGUCCCGCCCUCGCUGUUACGUCUGUCCAUCUGUCUCCAUGGUGAUCAACCCGUCCUGUCCCUGCGUGGACGCCUCCGGCAACAUCAGCCUAGACUCACUGAAAACCUGGACUCAUGGCGUGUCCAACCUAUCACUGCUUGUGUCAGAGAUAAGGAGGGUCUUCCAGAAGGACACGCCCCUUUACGCCAGGUCUGGAGUACAUGCCCCGCCUCCUGGAGGAAGCAUCCAGCAGCCCUCCUCCUCCUCCUCCUCCUCCUCCUCCCACCUGGCUGGACAGAAAGCCAGCCAAUGGGAGCAAAGGGUGGGGAGGUCGUACACUGAGGAACUGGUGGGGAUCGACUUCAGUGCUCCUCCUCCUUCAUCUUCACUCUCCUACAACCCCUUCCUUACCACUUCCUCCUCCUCCUCAGGUAUCCCCCCUGUAGACCCUGUCAGCACACUGAUGGGAGCCCUGAGGUUGGACAGAGAGUCCAGCAGAGACCAGCAGGGACAUUCCCUGGUACAGAAACACACAGCAGGUUCUGUGGUCCUGGUUCCGGGUUCAGAUCCAGCAGCUGGACCCCAAAAAUUCCUUGGUACUGAGAAACUUCAGUCAGAACCAGCAGCUGGACUGGACCUCAUCAAGAUGGCUUCCGGUCUUUCUCGGGACCGGGCGGCCAUCUAUCUGUCUCUGAUGACCCUGGAGGGGCAGAGCUUCAGCCCUGGUGAUGUCAUGGAGGCAGUCCAACUUAACCGAGAUUUCCCAUCAGCCCUCAAGUUCCUGACCCACAGCUGUCCCAUCUGCCAGGACCAGGUCUCUUUCAGCAAGAUCAUCACAAUGACUCACUGCUCCUGCUUCCUGUGUCAGACAUGUUUUAAGACGUUUUUCUCAGCGGCUAUUAAAGAGAAGAGCAUUGAUCAGCUGGUCUGUCCUCAGUGUGGCAGACCUGAGGUCAGAGGUCAGGGAGGAAUGGAGGAGUCCAUGGAUUACUUCAACUUGCUGGACACACAGAUCCGUCACUACCUGCCUCCUCAGAUCCAUGAACUGUUCCAGAGGAAACUCAGAGACCGAGCUCUGCAGGAGAUGCCAAACUUCCGCUGGUGUGCUCAUUGUUCGUUCGGUGUGCUGCAUGAAGCUGACAGGUUGAGGAUGGACUGUCCCAGCUGUAAGAAGAGUACCUGCUGCCAGUGCAGAUCACCUUGGUCCCCUCAACAUCAGGGACUCUCCUGUGACCAGUUCAGAGUCUGGCAGCAACAGAAUCAGCCAGACCACAACAGCACCUCCACCCUGCUCAGCUACAACAGCAUUGAGUGUCCCCGGUGUCAGUGUGUGUUCAGUCUGUCUAAGGGAGGCUGUCUCCACUUCACCUGCAGUCAGUGUCAGCACCAGUUCUGUGGAGGCUGCAGUCAGACCUUCACCCCUGGAUCUGCCUGUGGUUUCUCUGCUGACUGUGGAACUAAAGGUCUCCACGCCCACCACCCCAGAGAUUGCCUGUACCACCUGAGAGACUGGAGUGUUCCCCGCCUACAACUGCUGCUACAGUAUUGCAGAGUGUCUCCUACCUGGUCGGAACCGGCCAGUAGCGGCUCAGCUGACUCCCGUCAGACAGGAGUGUGUUUGGUUCUGGAGCUGAGAGACGAUGGCAGCAGACGGGAGGAGCCAUGUGGACGACCUGCUCUACCUGAAUACAGAGGAUACUGCCAGUUGCACUAUAAGGAGCGUUUGGUGGAGCUGAUAAACCGUUACCGUGCCGACCCGGCCGUCCUCUUCAGCCCAGCAGAGAUGGUGGCGGAGCUGCAGCGCUGGAACAUCACCAUACCGACUAGGAAACCAGAUGAACCAGAGCCGCUGUACGCACACCGCCUCCGCAUGACUCUGACCAAUAGCGUUCCUCUCAGGAAGCAGCGACGCUCUCCACUCAAACUCAACAAUGACCUCUGCCCUCUGACCUCAGCUGUGGCUCCUGGAGCUCCGCCUCCCCACCUGCUGUUGAGCGACUGACUCUGCCAACUCCAUACAUGGCAGCCAUCGUAGUAACCAAUAAUUUUCAUGUCCAAGGUGGACGUGUUGCAGACACUGUACUUCUGACCACACCCCCUACCUGUGAUGUCACAACAGGUGAACAUCUGCUGUGACAUCACUGAAAUGGGCAUGGUCAGUCGGUUUCCAAGCCGAUGAAAACUAACAGACUAAAAUAAAAGUUCUCACCUGUCUAAAUCCCAGUGACAUCAUCAGUGAGCCAUUGGCUCAGUCGUUGCCGUGGAAACAGCCAUUGAAUCAAACAGACUUCAGGAGAAGAAAGAAAAGGGACCAAACAAGGAGCAAGCAGCCAAUCAGUCAGACUGAUACCCACCCUAACAAGCUGAAUGUUAACGAGCUAACAAUGCUAACAAGCUCAGUAUUUAAGUAUCCAGUGUCAGUGUUAGCAUGUGUUAGCAUGUAUGGAACCCUCUGCUUUAGUUUCUUUUUGCACUUGAACAGUUUGAAUAAAUAUAUUCAAUAAAUAAUAUCUCAAUAUUUUAA